CCUUGAGCCCGGUUUUGUAGGAUGCUCUCCACACGUUUCACUGUCAUCUCCAGCACUUCGGCAUUCUCCAUCUUUGAUUGCAACUGUAGCAGAGGGGUGACAAGAAACAGCCUGCGAGGCGGCUUUUCCUUCAGACCCACACAGUGUCUGUUCGUCAGAGAAGACGCUCUUCUGAUGUCACUGAGUCCCGGGGGCGAGACUCCUUCUCCGCUAUAUAAUCUUCCCGACUCAGUGGAUGAAAACAGCGCACUGAAAGCAGCGAUACGAGAUAAAGACAAUUAUUAAUAUCAUCAUAACUGAACUGAACUAAACAACAAGCAUGGUGAAGAUCACUUUCCAGACAGUUUCGGCGCAGAAGCCUGAAAAGGAGAGCGAUGAAGACAAGAUCAUUAUACCUCAGGCUCACGAGCAGCUGGUUCUUCCUGUCAGGCCCAAAAAGCCUUUUCCAACUGGUCUCUGCUGCCUCACCUUUGGCCUGGUGAUCUUCAUGUCAGGACUGGUGUUGGCCUCUAUCUACGUCUAUCGCUACUACUUUAUACCUCAGCAGAUCCCAGAAGACAGCUUGUUUCACUGCCGGGUUGUUUAUGAGGACUCCGUGUACGCUCCUCUGAGGGGCCGACAAGAGCUCGAGGAGAAUGUCGGCAUCUACCUUGACGACAACUACGAGCAGAUCAGUGUACCUGUGCCACACUUUGGAGGCAGCGACCCCGCUGAUAUCAUCCACGACUUUCAGAGGGGCCUCACAGCUUAUCACGACAUUGCUUUGGACAAAUGCUACAUCACCGAACUGAACACAACCUUGGUGAUGCCUCCAAGGAGCCUGUGGGAGCUGCUCGUCAAUGUCAAGAGAGGGACGUACCUUCCUCAGACUUACAUCAUCCAGGAGGAGAUGAUGGUGACAGGGAGGGUGAGGAACAUGAGGCAGCUGGGCCCGUUCAUCCACAGGCUCUGCUACGGCAAAGAAACCUACCGCCUCAGACGCCGCAACCAGCGCCGACGUAUCGACAGGCGCGAGACAAAGAAGUGCCACAGCAUUCGUCACUUCGAGAACACUUUUGUGGUUGAGACCGUCAUCUGCGACAGGGUCUAAAUCUGAGGCGGAAAUCACAGCCAUCCAAUACUGAAGCCAAUUUCAAACCAUACCUCUUAAAUUCUUUAGGCUUUUAACUGCACUUUAAGAGCAAGUCUUUGUCCAACGGUUUUUAGUUUCAGUUUUAAUGUUUGUUUGUUUGGUUUUUCGUCUCAAGUUGGAAAUGCUCUUUUAUUGUUCAUGUACUAUGUCUUUUUUAUUCAGACAGUCUGUAUAUUUGGUUAUAAAUGUGUUUGGAUAUAUCUGUAGCUUGUCCAGUUGUGCAUAAGAUGUUAAUGUGUGUCAUUAUCAUCAGAAGACUUUAUUUUAUUUUAGACUUGUCCUUAUUAGUUAGUAAGCCAGUGCACUAUGGGUGGUGGUGGUGGUGGUGAGGAUACUUGGAAGCUGCUUGCACUGUGCACUCAAGUUAAUAUUUGUUUCUUUGUUUGUUAUUUUAUUUUGUUUUAAAUGUCAGAAAAUGGCAAAACAUACCUCAUGUAGUUUAAAUGUUUCUUUGCUGGUUUCUAUCAUUAAUGAAUGGUGUAUAUAACUUUGAUUGUUCCUAAGCAAUAUAUACUGUAAAUUGAUUUUGAACAUAUUGUUACAUGCAUAGAUUUUUAUCUGAAAUCGACUUGUUUUGUGAACAAUCAUUUCUUUAUGGUUUGUCUUUUUAAUUCCUUUGGUAUCACUUUUCCUACUCCUUGGAUUAUAAUGGCUUUAGACUGUAAUUAGUAGCAGUGCUUUAGAGGGAUAGAAGGAACCAAAGUUUGCAAUCAGCGAUGCUAUGCUUAGUGUUAAGGAUACAUGAAACAUUUAGAAAGAAUGCUUUUUACUGUAGAUGAUAUCAAAGGCUAAAACUCACUUUGUCCUGCUCUUCCUCCUUUUCACUUGGAUUUGCCUGUUGUCUUUAGCUCUUGACAGUUCCCAAUCCUUCCUAUCUUGGCAUUAUAAUCUCUAUAAUGUUGGUUUCGUUCCAACUUAAAAAAAAAAAAAAGAUUUGGGGUGUCUUUCUAAUGUACAACCUGGAGCAAAUAAGUCUCUGUUGAGAGGGACCUGUGAUAUGUGCUCAUAAUUCAUCGUCUUGUAUACCUUAUUUCGCUGUACAGUCGAUUUUUCUUGUAAUAUCUUGCUGCUUUACGAAUAAAUGAUCAAACUUU